UGAAAUAUUGUAAUACAUAAAGCGACUAUUAAUAUGUAUGUGUGCGCGUUGCUGGCGCGUGCGUGUUUCUUCCCCUCCUCUCGUGGGACCGGAUUGGGAUUUGAAUGUUGGUGCCGCUUGAGAAACCGGUGUCUCUUACCACCGAACAACUGUGCGGGCUGGAGUUUGAAGAAAGGGGACAAGGAGAGGUGCCUGGUGUAGCCUUUAUACCUCCUGGACCGGCCUCAGUUUCUCUGAGUGAUGGACGGAGAGGUGGUUCUGCAGGAGGAGGACCCAGAUGGGUCUUGGACUCUCCUGUCCUGGCUGGCAUCCUGCCUCAUGGUAUUUGGAGGGGCCCUGCCUUACCUGCCACAGUACCAGGAGAUCCAGAUGAGCAGCAACACUGAAGGCUUUUCAACAAGAGUGUGUUUGGUGCUGCUAAUAGCCAACAUCCUGCGCAUCUUCUUCUGGAUAGGGAAGCAGUUUGAGUUGACCCUUCUGCUCCAGAGCAUAGUGAUGAUUCUCACCAUGUUUGCCAUGCUCCACCUCUGCUGCAUGGUUCAGAACGCCAACCGAGUGAGCACCAAGCAGCAUCGACUUUUAGACUUGGAUCUCCAGUACUUUUGGAAAUGGACUGUAUUCGAGGACUACCUGCUCUUCUGCUUCGGCUUCACCGUGCUGUGUGCAGUGGUCACGCUGCUGUUUCUGGACUCUGCUGUGUUUGUGGAGAUGCUGGGCUCCCUGGCCUUGUGUUUCGAGGCCAUGCUAGGACUCCCGCAGCUGCUGCGGAACAUCCAGAACCGCUCAACCAAAGGCAUGAGUGUGAAGAUGGUGCUGCUGUGGACGGCCGGCGAUGUCUUCAAGACCACCUAUUUCCUGCUCAACGAAAGCCCGGCUCAGUUCUGGGUGUGCGGGUCGGCCCAGAUCCUGAUCGACGCGGUCAUCCUGCUCCAGGUCCUGCUGUACAGCCCGGACACGCGAGCCAAGUUGGGCUGAAUCCUGAUGCUUGAACUCAUCGUUUACCUCAGAGUGUCAAACAUCCAAUUCAUUAGUUGUUAACAAACUUAUCUAGCAUCUUCAAUUAUGCACUUACAUAUAACAGGUCAUGCAUUUUUAUACUAUUUAUUAACUCUUGGUGGUGCAUUACACCUUUGCUCCCUAUGCUCCCACUGACAUCACAGUAACAGCAGAUCUGUGCUUGUAAACCUGGAACCUGCAGCCUGAAUGGUGCUUCUACCACUUCACUACUCACUGGGCUGCUCUCAUGAUGCUGUGUGCGUGUGUGUGUGUGUGUGUGUGUGCGUGCGUGCGUGCGUGCGUGUGUGUGUGAGCAUGCAUCCUCUCAUGCUCGCUGGUGUGUCUCUGAAGCCAAAAUCGAUUUUUGCCGUUGGCGUCCAGAGCCAAGUCAAGGCCAGUAACUACGCAGGCCAUCAAUCUGUGUGAUAUGACUCUGCUUUGUGGUUUGAUGGGGAAACAUGCAGGUCAUUAACACUUACAACAAUGAAAAGAUUCACUCGUGCCACAAUGAUCUGCCCUCUACCUUAGUUGUUAAAAGUUACCCAAAGCCACAUGAGAUUUUAGAAAGAAAUAACUUUUUUUAUUCUUAGUGUUCGUCAGUUGUAUUUGUCACAUUAGUUGCUUUUAGAGUCCCUUUAGUUUUGGUUGUUGUGUCUUUUACAAGCGGCACUUUGGUUUAUAAACUUUGCCACUAAAACAUUGACAUUGAAGCACCAAAGGGAAGUGAUGUAUGUUCAUAUUUUAUUACAUUUUUGUAAUAAUUGCAUUAGGAAUAUACAGUAAAUAUGUCAAAGACAAGCCUGACACAUAUUGAGCCAAACUGAGCCGCAGUGCACUUACUCACCCAGAAACCUCCCAUUAGACACAGGACAGUUUAUGUAAUGCGCGGAUGGCACGCUAAUACUCAGUGUUAGUUCCUUCACGCUCCUGCAUGUAUGAGCUUUCUUGUUCCAGGGAGAAUAAGGCUCUGUGGCGUAACGAUGGCGCCAGCAGGGUUUGUGCUCAGACCACCUUGUUCCUGUAUCUCCCCUCCCUCCUCACUGUCCUGCCUGCAUGCAUGUGCUCAGUGAAGCCCACUAUUGCUGAUCCUACAGGUGGCCAAUCCCCCGCCUUUAGGGAGAACGGAGGCGUCACUGAAACGGUGUUCAUGCAUUAACGCCUCCUCAAAAUGCAAAGAAAUACUAUUUACAAAGUCAGCUUUUAAAUGAAACACUAAUUUAGCCACGCAGCCUUUUACUUGUUUCACGCUAGUUCCUUGUAAGGAGAGAGCUGCAGAACAAAAUACAUCAGCAGCAGCUGAUCAGUAGUCAGAGCAGGUUUCCUUUUACUUUCCCUUCGGCAAGAUUUAAUUAAGUAAUAAAGGUUCCAGCUUAUUAUUUCUCUCUGUCACGUUUUUGUCUCACCAGCCUUUGUCCAUCCGUUGCUUAAACUUUACCUGCCUGUGUUUGAUUUCUGCCAAAGAUCAUGUGUAAAUGACACAUUGCCCUAAAUAUAAUUAGCACGAAUGCUUGUAGUUAGUAUCAGUGUGUCAGUCACAUGAUUACGCACAGUAUGUUGAGAUGAAUGUGUGAUGAUGAGUGGACAAUUCAUUUUCACAGAUCAGGUCAACGUCUGCAAAGUCUUCCUCAAGUCGGUUUGUCACAUAACUGAGAUCAACAGCCAAACCGAAGGUCUAAUUCAUGGCUAGAUCUACUGUAUGAGUGAGAAAACAACAAAGCUUGUUCACAGCAUUCUUGACUGUGGGCUUUUGGAUCUCACUGUAGCACACGGGAGUCUGGGCAUCCAUUACUCUGGUUAUACAUAAUCAUACAUUUGAAUAUUUAUAGCCUCACUUUGUGUGGGUGUGUACACUGUAUGUGUUAAGGCCCUGUUUGUUUAAAUGCUUUAUCUUGCCGUCCAUAGUUAGCCGUGUUGCAGGCUGCGUGUGUCUCAUCUCCGCUCUGCCACAGUUGAGUUGCCUUAUAUCUAUAAGCUCUCUGCUCUUAUCACCAGAUAUGUGUGUGUAUUGUUUUUCUAUUUAGUGGAGGCUCAGCAUUGUGCACAAACUGGAUUUAGUGUUUAACAUUUGGGCUCCCUGCGGAGCCAAGGACAGGAGAACAGAUAAGCACACGCACAGUGCCUGGCUAUGACGAUCCCUCACCCCACACUUCUAUUAAAUGGGUGCUUUGUCAUUUCUGAGCCGGGUCAGCUCUGGAUUAUUACUUUAGACGUGUGCAGUAUUUUGUAUAGGGGGCAUAGAAAUAUCAUUUGACUUUAAAGUGUUGUAAUGAAAACGCCUGUACUGUGUCUGCGGCACCAGAGAGGCUGUGGGCUUGUUUCACCUUCUGGUAUUUUUUGUCCAAAAUAAACUAUUUAUAUUCCA